GGCAUCAGUUCGAAAGUGGAAGAUGAACGCUUCAUUGGCUUUUUGCACCGCUCUUAUCGCACUUCUGCUUCUUAACGACGCCAACGUUUGGUGCUUCCAGUGUGGAAUACGGCAAGACAAAACUCGUUCUCUAAUUACAAACGCGUACGACGUCCAGCCGGGGGAUUACCCGUGGCAUACGGCGAUCUACCAGGUGGUUCCCGUUCGACAAUACAUCUGUGGUGGUACUUUAGUUGGACAAAGUGUCGUCAUUACUUCAGCACAUUGCGUUACAGUGCCAGGACUAGGCAUAGCUCGAGACAUCGAUGAACUUGUGAUAAAAGUUGGAAAACAUUUGCUGAAUGUCAAAUCAGAAUUUGAACACGAGAGAGAAUUGAGUUCAAUAAUCGUUCACAGCGGAUUUAGCUCUGAUAAACAUGACAAUGAUAUAGCUUUGAUGAUCACCAAAGAGCCUGUUCAGUAUGGGAAGUUUGUACAGCCAGCAUGUCUACCGACAUUUUCACUUACUAGUGACAGGGCUGUUGGUAACAUUGUUGGUUGGGGUUUCACCAAGAAAAAGGCAAUAUCCAAUGUUCUGAAAGCAGCAAACGCGCCGAUUGUAUCCAGAGCUACAUGUGUGAACAGUAACCCUCCGGUGUUUUCAUCUACUAUCACCAAUGAGAUGUUCUGUGCUGGCUACCGGAACGGAACCAAUGCAUGUAAUGGCGACAGUGGUGGUGGAUUUUUUAGAAACGUGAAAGGAAAUUGGUAUCUGGUGGGUAUCACAUCGUUUACAGCGGCAAAACAACAGGAUGAAAAUCUUUGCAGUUCAACUGACUAUACGGCGUACAUAGAUGUUGUGAAGUAUAAAAGAUGGAUCAAGGAAAAUUCUGUUUCCUCGUUUGGAUCACCUUGCAUAGAGACAUGGCCGCCAGCAAAAUCGAAGAAGCAAUAUUUUGUGCACAACAACAAGCAGAUAACGUUUUUCGAAGCUUGGAGACAGUGUCUUGCCGUUGGUCAACGCUUAGCUACUAUUACAUCUGAGGAGGAUAGCCUGCUCAUAGAGCAAACCAUUGCAAAGUCAAGUAACUCAAAAGGACCGUGGUUUAUCGGUGGCACCGACUUAGGGAAUGAAGGACACUUUGUUUGGAUAUCUACCAAUGAGCCUAUCGGAUACAAGACGGGAUACCUAAAUUAUUCACCUGGACAACCAGACAAUGGAAGAGGAAUUGAAAACUGUCUCGAGAUUGGUCGGUGGGGUGGUGUAGCUUGGAAUGAUGUGCCAUGCGAUGCAAGCCUACGCUACAUUUGUGAAUCUGUUAGUCUAAACUGGUCGUAAAAAUGUUCUACUCGAUGAAAAUAAUAAAUCCUUUGUUUUCACACUCUUA